GAUACCAAACACCUUCCUGCCCAUUCCCUACACCACCCAUCUAUAAAACCCCUGUACCUAGUCCCAUCAUACCAAAUCCGGUCAUACAACCAAGCCACCCCAGUCCCUCCAUCCCAUACCAACCCCCACCUUCAAUCCAAAAUGCUCACUCUCCCGGAAGGUCUAACCCUCCACCCCUCCACCCCGGAGCGCGGGCGCUCGGUCCGGACGACCCGAGCCAUCAGCGCCGGCUCCACGAUCGCAACAUUCAGCGGCACCGGACCGCACUCCUCCCCCACCAUCGCGAUCCCAGACAGCUCCCGUCUCUCCGAAACCUGCAGCCACUGUCUGCGCGUGAGCGCCACCCUCCUCAACACAUUAACCAGCGCCUCCAACGCCGUAUUCUCCCGCACCGCCACCAUCCCCAGCACCCCCCCAACCACCGUCCCGCGGGGGUCCGUCGCCGAAGUGCGUCUCUGCACCGGGUGCAAAGUGUCGCGGUACUGCAGCGUGGCGUGCCAAAAGGCGGACUGGGCGCUCGGGCACGGGAAGGGGGAGUGUAAAGCGUAUAAACGGGCUCGCCUGGAUGCGAUGAAACAGGGGUUGCCGCAGGAGAUGCCGACGCCGGUGCGUACGCUGAUCCAGGUGUUGGUGCGUCCGGAUAUGCUGGACGCGGUGUAUGAGACGGAGGGACACGAGGGGGAGCACCGGACGGCGCCUGGGACGCGGUUUUUCGAGAUGAUGUUGCAGGUGAAGGCGGCGUUGGAGUAUCUUGGUCUUAAGGGUGAGGCGGACGAUGUUAAUAUACCGAAGGGGUUGGAUGUUACUUGUAAGCUACAAGUCAACUCGUUCAACCGGCUGGACUCAGACUUUGGACAGAGCGGCAUCUACAUGAACGCUGCGUUGGCAAUGGUCAACCACUCUUGUAUACCGAACGCCUAUGUGUCAUUCACGGGACGGGAUGGUAUCUUGCACGCGUAUCAGGACAUCAAAGAGGGCGAGGAGGUCACGAUAUCUUAUUCAAACUGUGACAUCCCUCGCUCGGAGCGCCGGCAUUACUUGAAGACGCACUAUUAUUUUACUUGCAAUUGUCGUCGGUGUCAGGACGAUCUGGAUAUCUACCAAACCUGCCAGGUAUAUCCGAAUCUGGAACUAAACUUGUCAGACCCGUUUAGUCUUGUCCGUGAUAUAGAUGGGCUACGAAACCCUCCCAUCAAACAAUUCCUGAGCUUGAACAAAUCUUUGCAAAACAAUAUUGCAGAGAUACUUCCCAUCUUCGAGACCAAACUGAAAUUUUGGGACCCGGUCGCGAUGCAACAACAAGUACGACACCGCUGGAAGCUGUGCGCGCAACUUCGAACAGCGGGAUUGUAUGCUUCAGAUCCAUUACUCCGGGUGCUUGGUGAUGCUAGUCUCUGUUUCGCGAGAACAGGCAAACAUGCCUACGCCUUCGCUAUUGAAUGCUUCGGCGCUCUGAACAUUAGUCCAGUGAUAUCGCCUGCACCGUUCUUUGCAUCGAGAGUAAAGAGCAUGUUGAUGCUCACCAGGGUGUUGAGCUUAGGUCCAUUUUCUACACCGGCUAGAAGCAGGGAAGAAUUUGCAACUAGGUUUGCCCAACAUUUAAGUAAGGUAGACCAGGCCACUAUGUGCCAGGCACUCUUAGUAGCGAUCAUACAGUAUUGCCCUGCGGCCAAAUCCGACGAAUGGCAACUACGUUACCAAGCACAGGAUCUAUUAGAUGACCUCAAAUCCUUACCAGGCCGAGAAACCGAGAACGCGUUAGUCGAUGCUUUCGCCAAGAAUCCAAAUGGCCCAGAAGAAAGGCGUUUCUACAACACCGUGGUUGUGGGGCCGAUUCAAGAAGUAGCCGGGUUUGCCUUGAGGAUAAUGGAAGCCGAGUUUGGUGGAUAAGUCUGGAUACGUUGUAUUCCGCACGA